AUGGUUGGGGUUGGACGUUUGCAUUCCAUUUUGCGGUUCUAUUCGUCUGCACGUCGAAGAGUUCGUACACGAUUUGCACCUAGCCCAACUGGGCUUCUUCAUAUAGGUGGUCUGCGUACGGCUCUCGUUAACUAUAUUUUGGCGAGAAAGCAUGGCGGAGAAUUUGUUCUUCGAAUCGAGGAUACCGAUCAAUCUCGAUGUUUCCCGGGUGCAUUAAAGGAAAUAACUGAUUGUCUAGAAUGGGCAGGUCUAAGCCCAGACGAAGGUCCCACCAGCGGUGGGCCUUUUGGUCCCUACAUACAGUCAGAACGUUCUGAAAUAUAUCGAAAGUAUGCUGACCACUUACUUCAAAUUGGGCGCGCCUACCACUGCUUCUGUUCGCAAAAACGCUUGGAUAUUCUCAAAAGCGAACAAAGAAGGCGCGGGGAGACUGUUCGAUAUGACGGUCGUUGUCGACACCUCUCAGCACGCGAAGUCGAGUCGAAGCUCUCUCAGAAUGCCCCUCAUGUUUUGCGAUUCAAAGUAAUGGUUCACUCUGCUGGACAUUCACUUUUUUGCGAUGCCGACGUCAUUGGCUAUAUGCAGCAGCCCUCCUGUACAGUCUUCGACGACAUUGUUUUCGGCCAAAUCACAUUUCAAAACGUUGAGGAUGAAGGCGACCCAGUACGCUCCCUUUGUAAACCUAUUAUAAUGAAAUCCGACGGACUUCCUGUCUACCACUUUGCCAAUAUCGUGGAUGAUCAUCUGAUGGAAAUCAGUCACGUGAUCCGCGGGUCGGAGUGGCUGACGUCGGUGCCGAAGCAUCUCCAACUCUACGCCGCGUUUGAUUGGCAGCCACCACAAUUUGCGCAUCUGCCCCUGAUGCUGUCAAGUUCAGGCCGCAAGUUCUCCAAGCGUCUGGCAGAUCAGGAGGAGGUGGGGUUCGUGGCGAAUUUGCGUUCUGCUGGUUACCUGCCCUCGGCCCUGUUGACCUGGCUUUCAGCCACUGGGGGUCUGUUCAGCUGCCCUUCCCUCGAUGCCGCCUCCCCCACCUCAUCCACUGUGUGGAGCCCAGACCGACGGAUCGAUGAAAUGCUCGACUCGUUUGACCUCUCCGCGCUGAAUCGACACCACGCGCGCGUCGAUCCUGAACUCCUCCAAGUCUGUGGACGCUCGCAUUUCGAUCGUCUGGUUGACGAAGCCUCCAAGGUGACAUGGCAUUCGUCCGCCACCGCCUCCUCUUCCUACUUAGUCAACUACCUUCGUGAGUACUUCUCGUCUCCCCGACGGUGUUCUGCAACUACUGAACCAUUAAUGGACCUCCUGAACGACGAGGAGCGACUGCUGGAGGUGCUGGUGCUGUUGAAGGGUCGCGUGUGUCGUCUGUCCGAUUUGACGUCGACUUUCGGCUUCCUCUGGCACCCACCUCAUCUCACCCAAGCCGUCGCGUCUAGUGCUGCCGAACUGCGUGGGGCUCUCCUCAAGACCGCUGAGCUCUUGGACUCAACUAAGUUGGUCACCGACGAUCAGUUGAAGGAGCUUUUAGAAACUACCCUGAAGCUAACUUCGAUGCCUAAAGCGCAGUUUCUGAAGCACCUGAGGUUGUGCCUAACAGGAUGCGAGAAGGAUCAAAAUGCCUUACUAAGAACGGGAAUAGUUGUUCGCAAAUUGUAG